GCUUAACGCCGUUUAGAAUGUCGCGAUGUUGGGGUUAGGGGUUUUCAAGCGUUUAGCCGUGGUUUUGACUAACCAUGCCAUGAUUAAUGCCUUAUGUAUCUUUCUGAUGCUGAGCCUGUGCUUUUUCAAUUUUGAAUUUUCAUAUUAAUUUGAACUAGCAAAAAAUAAACAAAAAAAGUCUCCAUUGUAAUACAAAAUUUGAAAUUUUCUAAACUCUUGAUACGAUUUAUAACUACGUAAUGCCCAAUUAGAGAGGUAAUCCUUUCUCUUUAAAACUAUGAAUGAUUCAAUGACUGCUUUUAUUAAAUUUACUCCUUUUUUCUGUAAACGGCAGCUUUCUUGAGCUCCUGCGAAAAUAAUAAUCAUGUACUACAACCUGCGUUUUUUCGCUAUUGAAUUCCUAAAGCUAGUCCCGUUUUAUAUAAGUUUGGUGCUUUAUUUUUCGUUGGUGCGUCAAGAUCAAGUGUGGACACUAUGGACAACUACGCUGCGAUGCUUGCCCAUAAUGGCAUUGAUGUUUUAUGUUUCGAUCAAGGGAUUUUCGAUCAAAAAGAACUAUAGACAAUCCCAAUUGAUUUUAAUAGGCUUAAUGUUCUCCUGCGCUGGUGAUAUCAUGUUGAAUUUGUUGUUAUUCGCCUUGGGCAUGGCCUGCUUUGGUGUGACACAAAUUUGUUAUAUGUGCGCUUUCGGCUGGCGUCCGCUGAAGGUUAUAAUUGGAGUCUGUAUUUAUAUACCGGCCAUCAGUUUGAUCUACUUCGUGAUCGGGCAUUUGAAUAUUGCACAUUUAAUCGGUGUGUUCAUCUAUUGUACGCUGAUUGCCAUCAUGUUCUGGCGUUCGUUGGCACGUGCUCUGCACGUCAAGAGUUUCCUGGCCUUCUUCGCUGCCUUAGGCGCUGCUCUGUUUAUCAUAUCCGAUGCGCUCGCUGCAGUGAUCUAUAUAUUGCACGUAAAACUGCCCGCACCACGGCUACAAAUAAUGAUAACCUAUUAUGCUGCCCAAUUUGCCAUUGCGUUGAGCACUGCCGAUGAGGGACGACUGCCCACGGGAUCCGAGCAGUAAGCAUCCGGGCUUGCAGCAUGCCAGUUUUUAAUAUCAAAUUGAAGUCAAGAAUACAGUUAAUUUGGUUUUACACUCUUUAUAAGUAUUAACAAUAAAAACACCAGCUAUAUCCAAAAUUUAGCGUUUAGGGGAUCAAACAGUCAGCAAUAUUUCUAGUUAUCAGGAGCGCGUGCUUCCAAUCAAUUGCGGGCGUUUUUAAUGAUAAAGUAUAAAGUGAGAAAUGCACAUUAUACAAAAACACAAGUUUACAU